AUGCCCAAGCGCACCAUGGGAGGGAGGGCCGACGCCGGGGCCGACGACAUGGCGCAAGAAGCAUCCAAGCGCCCGGCGAAGCUGCACAUGGAGAAACCCCUCCCCGUUGGCGAGGUGUCCAGCCGGCAGCAGGGCGGCCUUGACGUCGUCGACCACGUCCAGGCUCCGGUGCAGGUGUCACCUACGCCGGAGCAGGUGGCUCCUCCGCCGGAGCAGGUGACUCAUCCGCCUCCUCUUCCACGCCAUCUGCCUCCUCUGCCGUAG